GGCCAGGCCUCUCAGUCUCGCGGUUGUCACGUAGCUGGUCGGCAGCAAAAUGAACGAAGAUCCCGGAUUCCAGGAGGCGAAGAAGUUGAGGGUCCGUGAGGCGAUCAGGGCCUUCGAGAAGGACAGAAGAGCAUCUGAGAUCCUGCCAAGGUCCUCCUUGCGGAAGUGGCCCACGUCGAAAUUUCCAGCCGAAGAUUUAGAAAAGCCAAAGGCGAAAUCACUGAUCUGGGAAGUUGGACAGAGAGAAGACGCGGAAAAAGACACGAGGGGCGUUUUAGAAUGUGACGAAAUAAAAAAUUGUAUUGCAAUAUGCGAAAUUGCCGCACAAGAAUACGUGAUUGAAUCACUCAACGAAGAUGGUGGGAAUAACGUCCAAAAAGACACUUCCGCCUUCGAAAAUGGCACCGAUGCACCUUCAGCCGAGACAACUGUCACCCAAGUUCCCGAUAGUAUUUUCACACGCAUGCCGAAGACACAGGGGGACAGAGAUUACAUUGGUUUUGCCACUUUACCAGAGCAGAUCCAUCGGAAGUCGGUAAAGAGGGGUUUCGACUUCACGUUGAUGGUCGUCGGUGAAUCUGGUCUGGGAAAAUCAACGCUUAUCAACUCGCUUUUCCUAAGCGACCUUUACAAAGAUCGAAAGAUACCUGAUGCCGCUGAAAGGGUUGAGAAAACGACAUGCAUAGAAAAAAAGACUAUGGAUAUCGAGGAGAGGGGCGUCAAACUAAGACUGACCGUUGUCGACACUCCUGGUUUUGGUGAUGCGCUGAAUAGCGAGGACAGUUGGAAAGUCUGUGUUAAUUACAUCGAUGACCAGUUCAGACAGUAUUUCACAGAUGAGAGUGGCCUAAACAGAAAAAACAUCGUAGAUAAUAGGGUUCAUUGUUGCCUUUAUUUUAUACCACCUUGGGGCCAUGGCUUAAGGCAGAUAGAUGUCGAAUUAAUGAAAAGACUGCACCAAAAAGUAAAUAUUGUUCCUGUCAUCGCAAAAGCGGAUACACUUACAGCCCCAGAAGUGAAGAAAUUGAAGCAGAGAAUACUCUCUGACAUAGAAGAGAACAAUAUUCAAAUCUACCAGUUUCCAGAGUGUGACAGUGAUGAGGACGAGGAGUUCAAACAGCAAGACCGUGAACUGAAAGCGUCAUUGCCAUUUUCGGUCAUCGGAAGCAAUACUGUGAUAGAAGUUGGAGGCACACGGGUCCGCGGCCGCCAAUACCCAUGGGGAGUAGUCGAAGUUGAAAAUCCAAAGCACAGUGACUUCAACAAGCUACGGAACAUGUUGAUAACGACCCACAUGCAAGAUUUGAAAGACGUAACUGAAGAUGUCCACUAUGAAAACUUCAGAGCUCAAUGUAUUUCGCAAAUCUCACAACAAGCCAUUAGAGAAAGGGGUAAAUUAAAGAGGGAUUCAGUCGUGCCCUUGGAAGGUGGAAUUACCGAGACUGACCGUCUUCUUCUUCAAAAAGAUGAAGAAAUCCGCCGGAUGCAAGACAUGCUGGCGCAAAUGCAACAAAAACUCAAGGCGACAGGACAGAGCAAUGAUAACAUAGUAAACAUUUAACUUAGGAAAAGAAAGAGUGUGUCACUUUCUUUCUUAAUCAAUGCAUUAUCGAUAUAUAUCUCUUUUCCUUUGCAAAAAAAAGAAAUACUGUUAUAACAUUAAGGGGUUUAGAUGUUUUUAUAUCAUAAAUGACCAAAGAUUUAAGGGUUUCCAUAAUUUAUUAUAAAUAAAUAUUUCCAAAGAAAUGAUGUCUAUUAUAUUCAUUUUGUCGAUACAAAAAAAUUGGAAAUGCCACUUUGUUAAUUUUUUUUUUAAUUAUGAAAAUUCAUUAAUGUUAUUUAUAUUGAAAAUAUUUAUUGAUUUCAAUGUGUUUUAAAACACAGUUUUAGUCAUCUUGUAUUUGUACAAAUAUUUAGUUGUGAUUUGUAAAACAUGUCCAUAGUUUAAUUGUUAUUUUAGAUAAUUUUAGUGUGUACGUUAUUUAUAAUACUAUCCAGUAUUAAAAUGUCAAAGACUUGUUUAGUGUUCAAAUUAGCGAAUUUAAGACUAAAAACUAACUUUUCAUUCAAUUCAGUCAUUGGACGGUUCAAUAUUGUUCGACUCGUAUUUUCAAAAGGUUUGAGGUUCAUUGGCGUCAGUUUGUACUCGACAGAAGGAAACUCAAACCAAACUCUGCAUCUUCUGUGAAGCUACAAUUUUCUCAAGUAGUUCAAAACUUAUCCACUUUUUCCCAUGUGCAUUUAUCAUGUAAUUUUGUUAUUGGUUUUAUAAUGCAAUAAAUAUUGCUAUACGAGUUGCAAA